AAAUCCUAUAAAAGCCAUAGUUUGCAUUGGAAUUGUAUCAGUUCUAUUUCAAAUUCAACCGACUAAGUAAAAACAUGGUUUUCCAGAUCGUAAUCCUUGCCGCCUCAUUGGCCCUAGCCAGUGCUAGCAACUUAGGCCAUGCCGGCUACAGCUCUUUGGGUCUGUCAGCUCCAGUCAGCUACUCUACGCCUUUGGUCAGCUCCUACUCAUCUCAAGCUGUCCCACUCAGCUACAGUGCCCCAUCUCUAUCCUACGGCGCUUCAUCUCUAGCCUACGGCGGUUCAUCUCUAGCCUACGGCGGUUCAUCUCUAGCCUACGGUGCUCCUUCUGUAGCCUACAGUUCUCCUUCUGUAUCAUACAGCGCUCCAUCUGUAGCCUACAGCGCUCCAUCCGUAGCCUAUAGUUCUCCAUCUGUGUCCUACAGUGCUCCUUCUGUGGCUUACAGCACUGGAUCUUUGGCUUAUGGUUCUUCUUACGGCGCUGGAAUUCCAGUCUCCUAUUCAGCCCCCAUUGCCAGCUCCUCUUACUCCAACUGGUGAUUUGUUGGUACCUAAUUUAAGGACGGAAUAAAUAUUCAUUUCCCUUA